AUGAUGUCCUUUCCAAAAGCACAUUUGAUUUCCAAACGAUUCUUCUCACAAUCAAGAAUCUAUUCCCAAAUAAAUCUCACAUUUUUCACCAAGGAUACAUGUAUGCUAUGUACCAAUGCCAAGGGGAUACUUGAAACUACCCUUAAAUUACCUAGUUUACAAGAUCAAAAGAUUAAUCUAAAUACCAUAGAUAUAAUGAAACCAGAGAAUCAAGAAUGGUAUGAUAAGUAUUGCUAUGAUGUUCCUGUAUUGCAUGUGGAUAGACAGGGUCAAAAGAAGCCAGUUAAGUUUAUGCAUUAUUUUUAUGUGGAUAAGUUAGAAGAAGAAUUUAAGAAAUAA